CGGCGGCGGCGGCGGCGGCGGCUCGGCUGCUCGCUUGGGGAGGGCACGGCGGGCAAGGGCGGGACUGGCCCGCUGCGGGAGGACUGGGGAGCCGCGGAGAUAACGGGUCCAGACGCUGGCGGCGGCGGCGGCUUUCUCUGCACUGGCGGAGGCGGCAGCAGGAGCGGCGAGUAUGGCCCGCGCGGCGCUCGGCGCUGACUGAGAGUCAUGCUGCGGCAGCCUGGUGCCUGACGAGUGAGGGGAACCUGCCAGGGGAUUACUGCUAGCUCAAGGCAGGACAGAGGCCUCAAGGGAGUGGAGAUGGGCAGAGCAGCCUCCAAGCCUGGGCCAGCAGCACCAAGACGGAGGCCUGGGCCCUGGCCUGGAGCUCGGCUCACACUCGCUCGGCUGACCCUGAUGGCGUUCGAAGCAACACCCUGCUGAGAAGCGGCUGUUCCCAGGCCCCAGAGGACCUCAGAGCAGGAGCUGGAGUUUGACCACCCCUACACAACUGCAGUUGGGGCUGCGACCGUCGGGGGAAGGGGCUGGCGCCUCGGAUGGGAAGUAGAAGGGCAGAACCUAACGCCAGGAGGAUCUUGGUCUCUGAAGAGUUUUCUGGAACCCACGGAGCUUCCUGGGUUUCUUCUCUCUGGAUUGGGGCUUGGUUCCCUCUCCUCCCCUGGCAGAGGGGUUGGGCCCUGAGGGCCAACUGAGAGAGGGAAGACUCUUAAAUGAAAUUCAGGCUGCCUGAAGCCCACGUGCUCUCUGCUAUGAUUGGGGUUCAAGGGCUUCCCUGCUGCAGGGGACGAGGGGCCGCCUCGGCAUCUGCUCAUGAGCCACAAGGACCCCGAAUGCUCCAGACUGGAUCGUUUCAAGCCGCCAAAGAGGGGGACCCCCACAGCUGGCAGCCAGCAACCCCAAGGGACUAGAGGGCUGGGAUGGACUGACCUCCCCCUUGCCAGGGCUCUGGGAGAAGCAGAGCCUCUGUGGCCCAGCUAGUGACGGAGAGACCCAAUGAAGCCAUAAGCAGGGCCAGGCGGCUCAGGGACAGGGGAGCCACUGCUGCCGACGUGCUUUCUCCUGACGCUGAGGGAGGGCGUAGUGUGGGACCUCUGCCCCUGUCCCCUCCCUGGCACUUGCCCAUAUGCCCUUUGCGCGUGGUGCCAGAACAAGCAGGCUACGCUGUGGCUGGCCCAUCAGCGGGCUGGGAAAGGAGUGGCCACGGUGACACCUGCCUGACUGCCGGGCUGAGGCCCCAGCUCCCCGGGGCGCCGAACCAUGAAGUGCUCCCUGCGGGUGUGGUUCCUCUCCGUGGCCUUCCUGCUGGUGUUCAUCAUGUCACUGCUGUUCACCUACUCCCACCACAGCAUGGCCACCCUGCCCUACCUGGACUCGGGCGCCCUGGACGGGACCCACCGGGUGAAGCUGGUGCCCGGCUACACCGGCCUUCAGCGCCUCAGCAAGGAGGGGCCCGCCGGCAAGAGCUGUGCCUGUCGCCGCUGCAUGGGCGACGCCGGCGCCUCUGAGUGGUUUGAUAGCCACUUCAACAGCAACAUUUCCCCGGUCUGGACCCGGGAGAACAUGGACCUGCCCCCAGAGGUCCAGAGGUGGUGGAUGAUGUUGCAGCCUCAGUUCAAGUCACACAACACCAACGAGGUGCUGGAGAAGCUGUUCCAGAUAGUACCAGGCGAGAACCCCUACCGUUUCCGGGACCCCCGCCGGUGCCGGCGCUGUGCUGUGGUGGGGAACUCGGGCAACCUGCGGGGCUCUGGCUACGGGCCGGAUGUGGACGGGCACAACUUUAUCAUGAGGAUGAAUCAGGCGCCAACCGUGGGCUUUGAGCAGGAUGUCGGCAGCCGAACCACCCACCAUUUCAUGUACCCCGAGAGUGCCAAGAACCUGCCCGCCAACGUCAGCUUCGUGCUGGUGCCCUUCAAAGCCCUGGACCUACUGUGGAUCGCCAGCGCCCUGUCCACGGGGCAGAUCCGAUUCACCUAUGCCCCAGUGAAGUCCUUCCUUCGAGUGGACAAAGAAAAGGUCCAGAUCUACAACCCAGCCUUCUUCAAGUACAUCCACGACAGGUGGACAGAGCAUCACGGCCGGUACCCUUCCACGGGGAUGCUGGUACUCUUCUUUGCUCUGCAUGUGUGUGAUGAGGUGAACGUGUACGGGUUCGGGGCCGACAGCCGGGGCAACUGGCACCACUACUGGGAGAAUAACCGGUACGCGGGCGAGUUCCGGAAGACAGGCGUGCAUGACGCCGACUUCGAGGCCCACAUCAUCGACAUGCUGGCCAAGGCCAGCAAGAUCGAGGUCUACCGAGGGAACUGAGCCCGACCCAGCCGUGACUCUUCCGGCCCUACCGCGAAGCGCCGGCAAGCGCUCCAGCCGGGACUCAGAGUCAGCCCGGGGGUGGUGGCCUAAGCGCGGGCGCGGCGCUCUAUUGGGCGUCAGCAGGCAAUCGGGAGCGACGCCGCCGCAGUCUGGACCAAUCAUGCUUCAGUCUAGCGAGCGCCGGCUAUCCUCCGCCAAUCACGAGACUCUGGGCGCUGGCCGGGCCUAGCAUCAAUCAGCGCUGGCGACGGCCGGAGCCUCUGUUUCUCGCAGCCAAUCAUGCGACUCAAGGAGAACUUCCGGCGCUGGGGCCCGUCUCCUCCAAUCAAUGGCCUUCGGAGGCGGGCCGGCGGCCGAUCAAUCCCCACUCCCGUAUGCUUUUGGGUAGGAUUUUAUCGAUAUUUCACGCUUUCAAAGGAGCAGAAGUUUGUUCCGGCCCCGAGAAGUACUUUCCUCAGGCUCGGGCGGAGGCGGCUCAGUCGCCGGCCGGCCUGACCCCGCAGGGGGCGCGGAGGAGGAAACGGUGGGGAAGGUGAGGGACAGUAGCGGCCCGGCCUCCCCUUCCCGGUGGUCCCUUGUGGCGGAGGGGCGUUCGCGGAGGCUUUCGGGAGGUCGGCGGGUGGUCAGGUGGUUUCCAAGGAGCGCGUUUUUCCCCAGGGGAAAAGUUAGAGCCCUCCCAAACCGCUCUGGACCUCCGAGAGAACUAGACCUCACAUUUCCUUUAUCGGUCAGGCGCAGAUGGGUGAGUGCAAACCCACCAAAGAAAUGCGGUGAGAAUCCAGAGGGUACGGGGGUCCCCUCCUCCUGCCUCCUCCCCUCCCGCCUUUGGCCACCCUAUGGAAUGGCCUUUCUGACCAUGGCAUUUAGUGUCUCACCAGAAAACUAGAAUUGUUUUCACGUCUUGCUGGGGGCGGAAUUCGCCUAGGGCUUAACUCUGGAACACAGGUGAAAGAAUAGGGCAGGAAACAAGGAAGCCCCGUCACAUCAGAUGUAAGGUACACUUACGUGUACUCUCUGCCCCUGUUGUUCGCCCACAACCUUUUUUAAGUGUCUCUCCUUAGGUCCUGGGCCUCCUCCCCAGCCUACUUGUUGCUCUGGGAAAAAAAAAAAAAAAUCAAAACUUGCCCUGUGAUUGGGGCACUGCUGCCAACACGUAGGAAAGAAGGCUGGAGAUGCUUUGGGCUCAUGAUUUAGCUAACCUGAAGUUACUAGGGGUGGCUGACCAACAGAUUCUUUGCAAAUAGUAAGCUGGCCAUGCAAAUAGCUGGGGAGGAGUAGACUUGCCCCCUGCAUGCCUCCUCCCCUGCCGACACAUCCCUUCCCCCUUGCUCACCUGCUGCCUUUUCCCUCUAACCCACUAUCCAUUUCCAGCUCUAGAAGGGCUGCGAAGCUAACAACCAGAGGUUACAGCUGGACGCUACUUGCAUGACUGAACCCAGCUUAAGUCCCUAGAGGAAGCUGCUGAGGGUGUUCUCACCUUUCAAGUUUGGGGAAGUGUAGGAGGCGUGAAAGGGCUUCUGUGAAGCUUCCAAACCACUAAAAGGAUCCCCCUUCCCAACAGUGACGAACACAAAAACCACCCUUUUUUCUUGGUGAGUUGAUACCACCUGGUAGCCUCCUGGCCAUUGGUGUAGUUCCUGCAGCUGGCUGGGGGAACAGUAGCCAGCAGGGGAGUGUAUUAGAGGGUUAGGGCAGGGCAGUGGGCACCCCUAAAAGUUAAUAUAUUGAGAACUUAGAUUGAGUCUGUCCUUUCCCAGUUCCAGAAGUAGGAGGAGUAAAGAAUGUUUGUGGGUUAGGGGAGCCUUUAGUGGAACGCCUCUCUCACCACCUCCUGUUGUCAUUUUAGAGAGUCAAGGUACCAGUUAUUCUUGCCAGUCUCAUCUCAGUGCUUCCUGAAGAGGCUCUUUUGAGUGUUUAAAAGAUGAAAAAACAAUGCAAUAUGCCAAACAGUAUUGAGCAGAAUAAUUUAUUUCUUUUCUGUUCCUUUUUCUUCUUUUGUUUGGAUUUUGUUUUGUUUAAAACAUUAAUAAAUCCCCAUUCUGGAAGAGGUAGGUCCCAGCAUCCGGCCCAGAUCUUUUCUACAACAAUUAUUUAAACAAAUGUUGUUUUAUUUUCUUCCCUUUUUCUCUGAAUUAAAAAGAGCAAAGAAACUA